CUUAAUCUCCCCGUCUCCAUGGACCCCCUCUUCCCUCACACCCCUCUCCGACGAUAGCACCAUUUUCUAGAGUAGACAUGGCGCCUUUUACUCCAAUUGUCUGCAUCGUGGAUUUCCACCACGCGAGGGGCCCGGAAGUGGAAACUUGGCUGGGUGUGGAAGAAGGGACUGAUCCCGCGACCGAUAAUGAGUGGCCUUUGCUGCCGUUCAUGGCGUUGAGCGACGGUGCGCACACCUCCACCGAGGAUUUCUCGUACUUCACGUUAAGACACGAAGAAACGGACACUCACCCUGCGACGAGCCUGUUCGGAAUCUCGUGCACCCGCCAAUUAGACGCGAACCAGUUGAUAAAUAGACCACCGGAUGUCACAAGGAGUACGGUGCAGAAAGCUGUUGUAGUUAUUAGCGAUAGUCCGCAACAUUUUGGCGCUGUCAAGGCGAAACUUGGGGCCGUGACGGGAGCGUGGUUUGCGCAGAGGGAUUUCACAGAUUUGGAGAUUAUGCAGCGGUUUCAGGAGAGUCUGUCGACACUACUAAAGAAUCAGGAGGGGGAGAUGGACCAUUACUUCGGGAUAUCGCUACGGGAACUGAUCCACGAGUUCAAGUGGCAAACGCUCGUUCUUUUCAAAUGUGCUUUACUUCAACCCAAGAUGCUCUUUUUCGGUUCACAUUGUGAGAGAUUAUGCAUGAUGCAAUUCGCUCUUAUUUCUCUGAUACCCGGCCUUAUCCGCCACCUUCAAGAUUCCGCUGACCCUAAGUUCAAUUCUUACGAGGAGACCCUCGUGCAGCCUACGUCGCUUAAAACUUCUGAACGAGCCUCAUUGCUCGCUUACAUGGGCCUUCCACUUCAAUUGUUCGGAAGUGGCUCAUUAUUUGGCCCUUAUACACCGCUCCAGCAACUCGACAUGCUUGCCGACCACGGAACAAAGUCAUAUAUUGUGGGCUCAACCAACUCGCUACUCCUUCAACAGAAGGAUCGGUAUAGUGAUAUACUUAUAAACCUCGACGAACACACCAUAGGCAUUACUUCACCCUCACUUCGCAGCGCGCUCGCCCUAUCAACCCCAGACAGGAGAUUCAUAGACUUCCUCACACAAACCGUCAACGAUACCUGGGACGAGACAAAUCCUGGCCGCCCAAAAGACCACGGCUAUGCCGGCAGCGAAGAGUUUAUCCGCAUGCAAUUUGAAGAAUACCUCCUCGCUAUGCUAAGCGCCGUAAAAUAUAAACUCUACAUGGAGAAAAACAAAGAAAACGAAAACUUCAUCUCAGACUUCGAAGGCGAUCCCUCAACCGAGUUCUCACAUGAAUGGGUCGAUGCAUGGAUGCGAACCGAGAACUUCCGCGUCUGGAAUAAAUUCACCGACUCCCACCUCUUCGACAUAGUAGACCCUAAGCAUCCGUUUUCAGGAGGCUUGACAAUCGACGAUGUGCAAAGACGUCUAGCGCAGUAGCAGAAAUGCACCUCGACGAGCGGUUGCAAAACUCACGCGAGGCGAUUGGGAAACAGCUCGCCGUCGGCCAGAAAAAAGUCUCGUCGGCUUUUAAUAAUCUA